AUGUCAUAAAAGUAAAGGCCAAAGUAGUUGGACCCCAUCAAACGGGUGAAGGAAACAGGCCCGUUCGACUCGGGAAGCCCCUUGUCCUUCAUAAACUCGAUGUGGUAACAGCAACCAUCAGAAGCCAAAAGGAAGCAGCAGAAGAAAGUUACUUAAAUUUAAAAAAAGCUGGAAUACGAUAUCCAGGAGGCUCUAAAACAAACCGAUUACGAUGAAAGAAACAUCCUGCACAGAGCGUGUCUUGAUUAGCAAAUCAAACAGAUCAAAGACAUAAUUGAAGAUUUGGUCGCUAAGAAGGACGAUGUCGCUCUCCAGGAAUGCCUAGUAAAGUAAGACAAAUUUCACUGCUAACCCUUGUUGUUGUGUUGCAUUAAGCCGAAAACCUUGGAAUCCGAUUAGAUUAGAAUGUUGUGCAUUCAAUUUUUAUUGAACCCUUGCAAAGAGAAACCACAUAUCAAGGCAGAUGUGAAUUGCUUCAAUCCAAGAACAUUGUGGACUUGCUUGCAUUGGGCAGCAUACUAUGGUGACAAGGAUAGUGUGGAAGUCCUACUCGAAAAUAACAUCCAUGUUUUCUUGCCAGAUUACAAGGGACAAUACGCAGUGGAUUUGGCAGGUAAGAAUAAGUACGAGGAGGUGGUGACUCUAAUCAUAAUGCGGAGUAUUGAAAUAUUGGAUUAUCUGAAAUAUGGAAGUUAAUAAAAGUACAAGGCUUACAUUGAGAGUCUCACUCCAGACCUUCUGAAACACUUGAAUAACCCAUUGUUUUUAUGCAAAUUGAUAUAUUGGUCAGCCUUGUAUGAGGUGGACAGCAAGAACUCAACCUUAUUGUAAUUCAAAAGAGCCUAUUCCUUUUUCCCAUUGUAAAUUAAGUCUUUGAAAAUGAAGACUGCCUUGCAUGCAGCAUGUUAGAGUCACAAAGGCAAUGAAGAUUUUUUGAAUGAAGCAUUCCGUGUUUUUGAGGAGACCAUGUUUGGAUUCAGCAAUGACGAUUUGACUAAGAUCAUUCCUCAGAAGAAGCCAACACUUCAAAUGAACAGUGUAUUUGUGUUUUCUGAGGAGGAUCUUAAGAAAUACAGGGACGAUUUUCAGAAGGAAGUCUUGCUAUUGGCAGAGUGGGAGAAGGAAGUGUUGAAUAAACUGAAGAUAAUCAAGAAUUACACUUAAUAAAAGUAGAGGUAGAAAUACUAUAACGAUUUUUAUGCGAUCUAUGUGAAUCAGUAAGAUGCUUACGGUAAUUCACCUUUGCAUGUUGCAUCCAUAAAGGCAUUUCAAAAAGGAAUCAACAUUUUGAUGGAGAAAUAGGCUAAUAUGGAAUUGGAGAACAAUGAAGUAUUUAAAGCAAGGGAAUUGACACAAGAUGAGAAUGUUCUGGUGUUGUACAAAGAUAAAUUGCAGAGCAUCACAAGUGAAGCCAUAUUAAAUGAACUGAAUCAAACAAUAAUCCAGUAGUUGAUGGGCAUAUUUAAGAAGGAUGCUUACGAUGAUCAAUUGCGUUUGCGAAAUGCUUUGGCUCCUUUGUCCAAGAACGGGGAUUCUCAUUACUAUAAAUUGAUCACAGAACUUAACUCAUACUCGUAGAAUCUGUUUGUGCCAGAUUUUAUUAUUCGUGCGAGUAUCAAAGCAGAGAAUCUGAAUUCAGACACUUUGGAGACAGCCCCAGCCUUCUUUGACUUGAAGGAUUAGGACUGUGCUGAGUUGAUAAGAUUGAACUUUUACAUAUCGUUGUUGUUGAAUGCGAAUUUCGAAGUGUAUCUAAUGAAAUCGCAAUUCCAACAGGGAUUCUAUUACAUAAUGUUGCAGCACAACGAGAAGAACUUGGAGGAUCAAGCUGACUUGAUGAAUCUAUAGAUGAAGUUGAUGGAUUCUUACGAUUUGGAAGAGUUUGAGAAGGUGUUCUAGAAUCUAUAUGAACCCUUCCGAUCGAGACAGAAACAGCAAAUCAUAGAGAAGCAUUUGACUCAAAUUAAAGACUUGAAUGAGUAGAUCAAUUCUGGGAUCAUAGAGGCAUACUAUAGAAUGCAUAAGACAGGAGGUAUCAAUAAGAUAAAGGAGAGAUGGUUGGUGAACAACAAGUGGUAUCUCCCAACUCCAAUAAAUCAGAUAUCUGAGUAUUUGAUGGAGGGUGAGAAUCAGAAUUUCAGUUCGAUUACAAUAUUGAGAUUGUAUUUCGGUGAGAAGAUCUCCUUUUACUUCGCCUGGAAAUCCUACAUUACUUGUGCGUUGAUGGUGUUGGCAAUUCCUGGAGCAGCAAUCCAAAUAUACAUUUUGGUCACAGGUGAUUACUUCCCAUCGAUACUUCCAUUUUGGGUUUGUUAUGUUUGUUUAUGGUCAACAUUGCAGGUCGAAUUUUGGAAGCGGAAAACCUCAGAAAUCACGACAAGAUGGGGAUGCUUGGAUUUGUUAGAUUCCAAAGACAAGGGUGAAGUGCGUAGAGGAUUCCAAGGUUACGAGGAAAUCUAUCAAGUGACUGGAGAGUUGACUAAGCAUCAAAAGAAAACUGAGACAUUUCUCAAGGUGGUUUUGUCAGUGUUGGUGGUGUUGAUCUUUUUGACACUCUGUGUGUUGAUAUUCGUUGGAGUGAACCUCAUGGUCAAGAGAUUUGAAGGGUAAAUAAUUAUAACCACUGGACUCAAUAUCAUUUAGGGAGUCGGAAUAUUCAUCCUCAAUUUGGUGUACAAUCACAUAGUCAUGUUUUUUGCCCAAUAUGAAAAUCACAAGUAUCAGGAAGACUACGAGUAAUCCAUCAUCUACAAGAACUCAGCAUUCACCUUGUUGAAUUCCUAUCUCUGUAUUUUCUAUGCUGCCUUUGUGAACAACAAAAGUUUUCUGGAUCUGUUUAUCUAAUUAGUACCGGUCUUAAUUACGAAGCAAGUGUAAUUCGCAGCCCUUAAGGUGUUACUGCCUAGAGUACAGUACGAUUACUAUGAGAAGUAAUACUUCAAAUAGCAAUAACUGAAUAUACAGAGACAAGGGCAAUUGAAUAGAAACAAGGAGGGGUUUAAGGACAAGGUGGAGACGCUGUAUGAAGCAAUCUUCAAAGAGAAGAAGUACACGAUAGAGACUUGUAAAAGGGCAGUGUUGAAAAUCCAUGAGAAGGGGAAGCCACCCACAUUGGAGAUGAAUUUGGAUGCAGAUCAAGUGGAGUUGAAUAAUUUAAAGUUGAAUUACGAAGGAACUCUGGGGUAUUUCAUGGAGGGAAUCAUUGAUUUGGGUUAUAUCACAUUGUUUGCCGCAGCCUUCCCAAUUGGGCCAGCGAUUGCAGUGGUGGCUAAUGUGGCUGAGAUCAGGACCAAAUUGAUAUCGUUUCUGGAAGUCUACAAAAGACCUGAGUGUUAGAGAUGUGCUGGUAUUGGAGAUUGGUUGAACAUUAUGUAAUGGAUGGGAAUGGGUUGUGUAUUCUCGAAUUUUGCUUUGUUGUACGUGAAAUAUAAGGUAGAGACAGUUGGAGUGAUCUACGGGUACAAUGGGUCGGAUCAGGAUAUUACUAUUUGGUUGUUCUUCUUGACUAUUGCGAUCAUACUGAUCAUCAAGUUAGCAUUUCAGUGGUUGAUUCCAGAUAAACCGUAAUGGGUGUUGAAUGAAUUGCAGAACAUCUAGGAGAAACAACAUGUGAAUACUGGGCAGAGAGAGGCAUUGAAGAAAACAAAGGUGGAGAUCCAGAAGAAGCAGGAUAGGUUGAAUUAGAGAAAGAAAGAGUAUCUAGAGGCCAAGUAGAAUUGCACUUAGAAGAUGUAGGCUAAAAUCAGCACAAAAAUAGAGAAGGAAACCAAGAUCGAGAGAUUUCAAAAAUAGGAGGAAUCAGAAAAGUUGUUGGCCAAAUAGGGAGUCAUUCAGAAGGUAACGGAAAUAGAGAUUAAACCGGAAAUGGUCACUCAGAUAAGAAUAGGGUUGUUGAGGCAGAAGUUCAUUGAGAUCCAACAUUUCCUGCUUUAAUAGAGAAUCAGACAGAUAGAUCAAGCCAGGACCAGAAACAUUUUCCUUUGUUAGGAAUGCUCAUUAGUGGAGGCAGUGUUUGAUUGUGAGGAUUGCGAUGAAAGUCAAUGUUAAGAAUGUUUUCGUAAAGUGCAUACGAAAAUGAAGAACAUCACCACUCAUGAGGUGAUGUUGUUGAAAUCUGCAAAAUAUUAUGACCAUGAAUUGUUGAGUCGAUUGCAAGUGAAGCGAAAGGUCAAAGUGGACAACAAGAGUAACUUACAAGUGAAGUUAAACCAAUAAUAACAGUAGGAGGGGGAAUUUAAACCGAAGAGAUGGCAGAAAUUACAAAACUUCUGUUUUCCAACCACUACUUCUUCCUUGGCCUACAAUUCAUUACCCACUAUAUUCAACUAUUUGAAGCGUGAGUAUUUGGACAAUUUGAAUUUGGACAGAAUAGAAUUAAAUAGUUUUUAUAGAUUCAGGAGAGAAUAGGAGAAAUUCAUCAUGUACGAAAGUGAGAAUAUCAAUAAGAUCUUGGAGAUGGAGGAGUUAAAUUUAGAAGAGAAGUUGUGGUUGAAUAGAAUUGGGUUUCUAUGUUUUAAGAAGAAUGCCAAAUUAGAAUACUUCUGUGAAUUGGUUAGGAAAUUGCAGAAUAGCAAUAUAGAGAGUAAGUUAAAAUUGGUGUUGGAUCUGGCAGAUGUGGACAACGAUGAGUUAAUUACAAAGCAUGAAAUCGAAGCUAUUUUUGUGCCCUCCAUUGUCCAAGAUUGUGAAGGGAAAUUCUCACUUUAAUCUACCAUUGAAAACAUAUUCAACAAACCAUUGAGUAAACAAAAGGCGAUGGAAGUUCUAUUGAAUUAGAUUAAUUCAGAUGAAUAAUUUAAGGAGUUCUUCCAACAACUAACUCAAUGCGAAUGA